AUGGAUAUUCUCCGCCAAAUCGUAGCGUCUCCACGAGCGCGCCACGACGAAGCGGGCCUCGAUUUGUGCUAUGUCACGGACUACAUCGUCGCGACAUCCGGUCCCUCGGGCACAUAUCCCCAACUCGCCUAUCGCAACCCCCUCAAAGACCUCGUCAAAUUCCUCGACUCCAAACACAGAGACAACUGGGCCAUCUGGGAGUUCCGCGCAGAGGGGACGGGCUAUCCGGAUGAAGAAGUCUAUGGCCGAAUACGACAUUAUCCAUGGCCGGACCACCAUCCGCCGCCUUUUGCCCUUGUGCCGCUGAUCAUGGGCAGCAUGAAGCAGUGGCUGAAGGGAAACGACAAGAGAGUAGCCGUGGUGCAUUGUAAAGCGGGAAAGGGACGGAGCGGGACCAUCUCCUGCUCGUACUUGAUCAGUGAGGAGGGCUGGACGAGAGAGGAUGCCAUGAAGACCUUCACCGAUCGAAGAAUGCGACCGGGCUUCGGCGUGGGUAUCAGCAUACCCAGUCAGGUGCGGACGUUGACCUAUGUCGAGCGCUGGACCCAGACGGGCAAGAAGCCGUACCUCGAUCGGCCUACCGAGAUUGUGGAGCUGCACGUCUGGGGCUUGAGAGAUGGCGUGAAGAUUGCUGUGGAAGGUUAUGUGGAUGAGGGCAAGGUAAUCAAGAGCUUUCACACCUUCCGCAAAGAGGAGAGAACAAUGGUCCGAGGUGCAAUUCGGAAGGACACAGGGUUCGCAGAUGUGGCCUUGGAGCUGAUGGGCAAGAAGAAGGCCGAAGACGCUGCAGACACUGCGAAACAGAUCAAAGACGCCGAAAAUGCAGAACAGGUCGUCGAGGAGAGCGGAUCAGACCAAGUUGAUCAAACGGGUGGUGAUGUGGUGUUCAAGCCGAGUGAGAGGAUCGUCUUGCCAAGCUCAGACAUCAACCUGGACUUUGAGAGAAGGAAUAAGAGCAAGUACGGUGGCUUCACCAUGGUCACUUCAGUGGCUCACGUGUGGUUCAACACGUUCUUUGAAGGUAAUGGACCUGAACAGGACGGCAAACCGGAUGAUAGCGGUGUCUUUACCAUCGACUUUGACGCUAUGGAUGGCAUCAAAGGCUCAUCACGAAAGGGUACCAAGUGCUUUGAUAAGAUCCAAGUCGUCUGGAAGGCCGUCAAUGUCGAGGGCAAGCCUGCAGUAACAGUCACAGAGCCGUCGGAGUCUACAGACAACAUUCCGCAAGCACGACCCGCAAACUGGCAGGGUGGCACAGAUGAGCUCUCGAAUGACUUUGAGAAGAACCUAGGCCUGCGAAAAGCGGAUGCAGACAGCGCAGACGUCAGUCGCGCUAGCAGUAUCAAGACUGGUACCACUAGCGACGAGAACAACGUCAAAAAUGAGCUCGAUACUGUGCAAAGUGUCGGACCUGAUGGAAAGGCGUUGAACACCAACACCACUACCGCUGCAGAUGUCAGCAAGUCCAUGGACAGCGGCACGACCAACAAAAGAACCGCGCCGACGCAAGACAGCGUACGUAACGAGACAACCGGGGCAUCAUUCAACACCAAUACCAGAACAGCACCCACACAAAACAGUAUAUCCACAGCUGAUCUGCCGGGAGGCAAGUCGGAGGAGGAGCUUGGUAAGCAUAGCGAACAUGCUCCGGGCCACCUUUCGUUGAACAAGAACUCGCAACCUAGCAGCUCUUGAGAUUUGAAUACGCUAUCGAAGCACUGUUUUUUUAUUCAUUAUAUGAAUGUUAGCGUGGCGUUGCAAGGCGGGACAAAAAGGAAAUAUGAUCAUCGAUGUACCAGGCAAAGAUCCUAUGGUACGACGUUUCAGACAUGAAGAUUGACGAUACAAGUAGUUGUUGUGCAUGCAAUAAUC